ACUAAACAAAAACUUCAAUACAAAGUGGAUGCAAACAUGAAAUUAUCAUGUUUCAGCCGGUUGUCUGUGCAUAUUUGUGUUGUUCUGCUUUUGGUGCUGGUCACGAUAAGAGCUGUCAGUGCUGAGAAAGUUGUAAUCGGUGAUAUAUAUGAAAAGUGGACAAGCAACGAUGACGAUGACGAACAGAAGGAUCAACAGCAGCAGCAGCAACUGGACAACUACAUAACCUCGAGGAAUCAUCAUUACCAUCAUCAUCAGCAGCAACAUCAUCAUUAUCAUCAUCAGCACCAGCAUCGUCAGCACCGUCAGAAUUUGCAUUCAAAUAAGCACAUUCAUCAUGUCCACAAUCGCAUUCACAGACGCAAUCAUUACAAGGCUCUUGAAUUGGAAGAGCGACAACAGCAGCUGGGCAAACACUCGCACUGGCUGCACUCGACAAUUACCACGCCAACAUCUUCAACACUAUUACCCGACUAUAUCAAUGAUGAUGGUGGGGAGGAGCAGCAACAACACUGGCAACAGCAACAGCAACCACAACAGCAACAGCAUAAUCAAAAUGACGACGACUUUGUCAGUCAUUUCGAUUUGGAAAGCUAUCCGGGCUAUGCGAACAUUGAGUUGCCCAACUCGGGGGCGCCACGCUCUGGCCGUCAUAGGGGGCGACAUGUGAUAACGCACAGUAACAGCCACAACAUGAAUAACAACAUUAAUAAUAAUCAUGUUAACAAUGUAAUGCUGCCACUGAUCUCAGAGCUGGGUGGCAAGUAUCUGCGCUCGCUACCCGACUCCGUUGACUUCCUGCAGGAUCGUCUGUAUGCCACACAGCCGCAACGGCAUUGGCCCGUCAAACGGGAGGCCAUUGUCGAGGGCGAUGUCAUCCUGGGCGGUCUGAUGAUGGUCCAUUCGCGUGAGGACAGCAUCACCUGUGGCCCCAUCAUGCCCCAGGGCGGCAUUCAGGCCCUGGAGGCCAUGCUCUAUACCAUCGAUCGCAUCAAUGAGAUGGACUUACUUCCCAAUAUAACGAUUGGUGCACAUAUUCUCGAUGAUUGCGAUAAGGAUUCGUAUGGCUUGGAAAUGGCUGUGGAUUUUAUAAAAGGUUCGAUUAGUAACAUUGACGAUGCCGAAUACCAUUGCAACAAGACGCAAGUGCGGAAGGUGAUUUCUGGCGUGGUUGGUGCUGCCUCUUCGGUGACAUCCAUACAGGUGGCCAAUUUGCUGAGACUUUUUCGGAUACCUCAGGUCUCAUAUUUCUCCACAAGUCCGGAGUUGAGCAACAAGCAGCGGUUUGAAUAUUUCUCCCGUACAAUCCCCUCGGACCACUACCAGGUUAAGGCCAUGGUUGAGAUUGUGAAGAGUAUGGGCUGGACCUAUGUCUCGAUUAUUUACGAGGAGAGCAACUAUGGCAUCAAGGCAUUUGAGGAACUAGAAGAGCUGUUGGCACGUCACAACAUUUGUAUAGCCAUUAAAGAGAAGCUCGUCAAGGAUUCGGGAGUGGCUGAGGAUAUUGCAUAUGAUAAUAUUGUGCAGAAGUUGCUGACGAAACCGCGUGCUCGAGGCGCCAUAAUAUUUGGCUCGGAUCAGGAAGUGCGUCAAGUGAUGCGUGCAGUGAGGCGUUCAAAUGCAACAGGCGCCUUUUCCUGGAUUGGGUCGGAUGGAUGGAGCGCUCGGAAUCUUGUUUCGGACGAUUAUGAACCGGAGGUUGAGGGCACAUUGUCCGUGCAGCCGCAGGCAAAUCCAGUGCGAGGCUUCGAGGAAUAUUUUCUGAACCUGACCGUGGAGAAUAAUCAGCGCAAUCCCUGGUUUGUGGAAUUCUGGGAAGACCAUUUUCAAUGCCGUUACCCGGGCAGCACAAGCACACCAUACAAUAACUAUACUCGCAUCUGUACCACAAAGGAGCGCCUGUCUCGCCAGAACACCGAUUUUGAGGAUCAAUUGCAGUUCGUUAGUGACGCGGUAAUGGCAUUUGCAUAUGCCUUAAGGGACAUGCAUCGCGAUUUGUGCGGCGGUCGACCUUCACUCUGUGAUGCGAUGAAGCCCACGAAGGGAGCCGAUUUACUCAAGUAUUUACGUAAAGUCGAAUUUAAGGGCCUCAGCGGCGAUGAUUUUCGUUUCGACGGCAAUGGGGACGGACCCGCCCGCUACAAUAUCAUCCACUUUAAGCAAUCUGUGGCGGGUCAGUACCGCUGGGUCAAGGUGGGCGAGUACUACGAAGGCGAGCUGCGCCUCAACAUGUCCGAGGUAAAGUUCAAACUGUUGCAUCCGAAACCACCGGAAUCCGUUUGCAGUCUGGACUGUGAGCGUGGUCAGGCGAAGAGAUACGUUGAGGGCGAGAGCUGCUGUUGGCAUUGUUUCAACUGUACAACUUAUCAAAUACGCCACCCGGACGAUGAGACGCACUGUCUGGUCUGCCAGCUGGGCACACUGCCCGACGCCCACAAGCAAUACUGCGUGGCCAUACCAGAGGUGUACCUGAGACCCGAGUCGGCUUGGGCCAUUGGGGCAAUGGCGUUCAGUGCAACUGGCAUAUUGAUAACUCUCUUUGUCGUUGGUGUGUUCGUCAGACACAACGAGACGCCAAUUGUGCGCGCUUCUGGGCGUGAGCUGAGCUAUAUAUUAUUGGCUGGCAUUUUUAUGUGCUAUGGCGUGACCUUUGCCCUUGUGCUUAAGCCAACGAAUAUUGUCUGCGCUAUUCAGCGCUUUGGAGUUGGUUUCUGUUUUACGGUUGUUUAUGCCGCACUUCUGACCAAAACGAAUCGCAUUGCCCGCAUCUUUAAAGCUGGCAAACAAUCCGCAAAGCGGCCCUCAUUUAUUAGCCCCAAAUCACAGUUAGUGAUUUGUACGUGCCUGGUGAGCGUGCAGAUACUCAUUAAUGGUGUUUGGAUGGUAAUUGCCCCAUCACAUGCCAUGCAUCAUUAUCCGACACGCGAGGAUAAUCUGCUGGUGUGCGACUCAUACAUAGACGCCUCAUACAUGAUUGCGUUCUCUUAUCCCAUUGUCCUGAUUGUGGUAUGCACCGUUUAUGCGGUGCUCACCCGCAAGAUACCGGAGGCAUUUAAUGAAUCAAAGCAUAUCGGCUUCACCAUGUACACCACCUGCGUCAUUUGGCUGGCCUUUGUGCCCCUAUAUUUUGGGACUGCCAACCACGUUCCGCUGCGAAUAACGAGCAUGUCCGUGACCAUAAGCCUCUCCGCCAGCGUUACGAUUGCCUGCCUCUUCUCCCCCAAGCUGUAUAUAAUACUUGUGCGUCCUGAGCGUAAUGUGCGGCAAAGCAUGAUGCCGCCACGUUAUGGCAAUAUGCAUCGCACUGCGGGCACUGGCCCCUCUUCGAUGAUGGCAGCAGCAGUUGUUACCGCCGCCACCUGUGCACAGGAGGAGAAAUUACAGAAACAUAUUACGCCCACGGAAACAGAGCACUCGGUAAAGGCGAAAAAAUUGUGCGAAAUGGCCACACAGACAAUUGCAUUAUCUAGCAUAUUUGCAUCCUUGGACUGCAAUGCGUACAAUCAAAUACCCUAUGCCGAUCAGUAUGUGCCAAAUAACACAACAGCAACAACGGCCACAGCAGCCACAGAGCCAACCGACGAGCAAGUGGUGGCAAAUAAUAAUAAAAUAAAUCAGCAGCAUCAUUGCCAAGCAAAUGUUGUAGCUGCUGUUGUAGCGGUUGCCGUCACCCCGACCAGCAAGCACAACGCGAGCAGUCCAGUUGCUGCAAGCACAACAACAAUAACAACAGCAGCAACAGUAGCAGUAGCAACAACAACAGCGCCAGUGGCAGCAGUCACAGCCAACGUAUCGGAUGCUGCAGCGUGCCCGGCGGAAGUUGUUGGCACGGCGACGAUAAACGGCAGCAGCAGACGAGCUCCAGUGUUGCAAACAAAUUUAUAGCUAAACG